AAUAGGCAGAGAGGAUCGUCAAUGUGUUUUUAACGGCAGCGCACGCUGCGCCUUCGCCUGUGGAGCUGAGCGCAGCGGCGGGUUAAGCUCUCCUGCAGCGGGGACUCGGACCCUCACGGUGGGCGCUCAUGGUGGGCGCUUUGUCUGGAUUCUGACUGCUGUUUUUCUUGCUUUGUUGGACGGCCGGGGUCAAGCCGAUGACACGCUGUGAUUAUUUUCUAGCUUCAGAGGAAAAUCAGCGGCUGUGGGUUCGCACUGAACUUAACGCUGCCCCCAUCUCAUGAGUCUGGAGUCUGCAUCUGUGUUCCGGCCUCUUGCCAGGACAUUGGACAUGGAACCGCGAGGAGCCAAGAUAGCGCUGGGUUUCCAGAGGAGUUCCACUUCUGACGAUGACUCUGGCUGUGCUCUGGAGGAAUACACAUGGGUCCCUCCUUGUCUGAGACCUGACCAGGUCCAGCUCUACUUUUCCUGCUUGCCAGAAGAGAAGAUACCCUAUGUUAACAGCCCUGGAGAGAAACACAGGAUCAGACAGCUCUUGUAUCAGCUUCCUCCUCAUGACAAUGAGAUCCGAUAUUGCCAGUCUCUCAAUGAGGAAGAGAGGAGGGAGCUGCACAUGUUCAGCAUGCAGAGGAAGAAAGAAGCGCUGGGCAGGGGAACUCCCAAACUUCUACCGAGAGCUCUGCAGCACACCAUUUGUGAACAUUGUAAAGAAGGCAUCAAUGGGGGAGAGAUCGCUGUAUUUGCCUCGAGGGCUGGCUCUGGGCCUUGCUGGCACCCAGCAUGCUUCAGCUGUUCCACCUGCCAUGAGCUUCUGGUUGACCUCAUCUACUUCUACCAUAAUGGCAAGAUCUACUGUGGAAGGCAUCACGCUGAGCUGUUGAAGCCAAGAUGUUCAGCUUGUGAUGAGAUCAUCUUUGCUGAUGAGUGCACGGAGGCUGAAGGUCGUCACUGGCACAUGAAUCACUUCUCUUGUUUUGAGUGCGAGACUGUUUUGGGUGGACAGAGGUAUAUUAUGAAGGAUGGCCGUCCCUUCUGCUGUGGCUGCUUUGAGUCCCUAUAUGCAGAAUAUUGUGAGGCCUGUGGGGAAAACAUUGGAGUAGACCACGCUCAGAUGACGUAUGAGGGUGUGCACUGGCAUGCCAAUGACAAGUGCUUUUGCUGUGCCCAGUGCAAGACCUCUCUCCUUGGUUGCCCUUUCCUUCCGAAGGAUGGACGGAUCUACUGCUCCAAGGCCUGCAGCCUCGGUGAAGAUAUCCAUGCAUCCGACUCAUCAGAUUCUGCCUUCCAGUCUGCCAGGUCACGGGAGUCCCAACGUAGUGUGAGAAUGGGAAAGAGUAGCCGGCCUGUAGGAUGGUACAAGCAGACACAGCUCUAUGCACCUACACCAGAAUAUAGAAACCAAAGUCUUUGUGAUGACAGUUCUGAGACCAUGUGUCACCAGAUAGAGCGCCUCAACUUUUCAGAGGAUAGCUUUUGGAGGGAAAGAGAGGAGCAGGAACCUGCAGAGGAUCCUUUGGAGGAGUGGGCCGAGCAUGAGGACUAUAUGACGCAACUGCUGUUGAAGUUUGGAGACCGUGGAGUCUUCCAGCAGGCAGAGGACACCAGGCAGGAGAAAUGGAUGCUGACAGACUCUGACCCCAGCAGGGCCAAGCAAGACAUGAAGAUGGGAGGCCAUAAUCUGGCCAGUAAAAUACAUCACACAGAUACAUACUGGACCCAGUCUCAGGAUGGUCUUGGAGACUCUGCCUAUGGGAGUCACCCAGGACCAGCCAGUGCCAGGAAGAUCCAGGAACUGGAGCUAGACCAAGGAGCAGGGGCUGGUUUUUGGUCAAAGCCUAGACAGUGGUACGAUGACUCUUUGGAGUGCAUUACUGAUGAACUGAGAAAGGCUGAGCAGAAUGUAGGUGACUCCAUGGACUCACUAGCCCUCUCAAAUAUCACAGGUGCCUCGGUGGACAGAGAGAUCAAAGACAGACAGACCACCUACUCCCUACAAAGCACUGGUCAACAGGAAGUGGAGGAGUGCGAUAAAAUGAGCAAUAUGGGCACGCUUAAUUCCUCCAUGCUACACAGGAGUGCCAACUCCUUAAAGAGCCUAAACUCUUUGUUGGACAAUGAGGAGAUGGUAGGAGAAGAUGAAAUAGAGCAGGAGGAGGAAGAGGAGCUUCCAGCCCAUCUCACAGAGGAACCUUCUUCUCCUUUGCAUCUCCCUGUGCUGAGAAGGACCAAGUCCCAGUCUCAACCUCAGUCCCGUUCUCAACAGGUGAAGUUCUCAGAAGAUGUUGUGGAUAACGGAUAUUACGGAGAACUGGCGAUGCGACCUCCUCCAAUGAGUGAGAGGACACGUAGGCGGACCCAUCACAUGGAGGAAUCGCAGAGACGCCUUAGCCAUCACCGGCACAACCACAGACGCCGGCAGGGUCGGAAAACGUGCUCCGAAAACGCCCUCCACCUGUCGGUCAAAGAGCAAACAGAAGUGCACUAUGAAACUCAGAUAACUUCUAAUAUCUCAGAGCCCAGGAAAGGGAUUCUCCUGAACUCUCCUGGACAUAUGCCUUACCACCAGACCUCAUCCGACUACGCACUACAGAGCAUGGUCCGAGUGGACCAUUCUCAAGGCUUUUAUGAUGACGACGAAGAUGACUGGUGUUCCACAUGCUCCUCCUCAUCCUCAGAAUCUGAGGAAGAGGGAUUCUUCUUAGGCAAACCCAUUCCCAAACCCAGAUCCCAAAGUUUUCAUUAUUAUACCGAAGACUGCCAGACCCGUGUGACAGCAUUAUCACCUGUUUAUGGCUCACGGACCAAAUCUAAAAAACGGGGCCAUAAGGGCAAGAACUGCAUCAUUUCAUAAAUCUUUCAGGAUACUCAUAUGCCCAUAACCAACUAUUAGACAUGCUUGAGUCUCUGUGACUCUAUAUAGACACAGGCCACGAAGACCCGAAGAGUACAUAUUGGUCUCUAUAAAGUACAGUGCCACUACAAAGAGACAAUUCCACAUCCCCUUAAGUUUUUUUUAAACACCUCCCAUCCAAAUUGGGCUGGAUUUGUAGAACAUUGUAUGAAAUUAUGUAUAGCAAAAGCAUUGUUAGUAGCAUAGAGCCUAACUAAAAUUAUUUAAUAGAGCAAACAUUAAUGUAUAUUUGUUAAAUUAAGAUCGAAUUGAUAUUUUUUUAUAUCCCAAUGUGAAAAAUGAUUACCUAAACCUUUUCUGUUCUAUUAAAUGGUUAUUAAAGAGUUUAUUUCCUUCUUGCCAUUUUGCUAACCAGGGUUUUGGAAAACUGAAAGCGUUGUACUGUUCUUUCAUAUAAUGGCCUUGUCACAGCACGGUACCUUGCAAUUUAAGCAACUAUAUGUUCUCGUAUCUCUGUCAACAUGCUUGUCCCCUUUAGAUGAAUGGGAAAAGCACUCAUUUUGUUGUAUUGUAUACAUUUUACUACAGGUAAGCAUUCUGUUCAUUUUAAACAAUGUAAUAAAGAUUUAAUAAAUAUGCU